AUGGCCAAGGUCCGCACUCACGAUCUCCAGAACAAGUCCAAGACGGACCUGCUGAACCAGGUCGAGGAGCUCCAAAAGGAGCUGCUCCAGCUCCGCGUCCAGAAGGUCGCUGGUGGUGCUUCGAGCAAGCUCGUGCGCAUUAACACUGUGCGCAAGAACAUUGCUCGCGUUCUGACUGUGAUCAACCUCAAGCAGCGUGCUAACCUGCGUGAGCUCUACAAGAACAAGAAGCACCUGCCUCUUGACCUCCGUGCCAAGAAGACCCGUGCUCUCCGCCGCAAGCUGACCAAGCACGAGCGUAAGGCCAAGACUGAGCGCCAGCACAAGAAGGAUGUUCACUUCGGCACUCGUCGCUACGUCCUGAAGGCGUAA